AUGCGUGUUAACAUUGUGUCUUUGGUGGCUUUUGCUACUGCGGCAGCAGGUCUUGUCGUGACCUCGCCACGAAUUGGCGAGAAGAUUGACCCCGAUCGCCCACUUACUAUCAAAUGGCAAUCCGUCCAGACCGAUCCUGAUACUUUCACCAUCGAGCUGGUCAAUCAAAAUGUGUAUCCCCCGACAACAGAGGUCGUGGCCCAAGAUGUCGACUCAUCAAAGGGCUCGUACAUGGUGAAAGCGAAGUCCUUCACUGACGUGGACGUUGGAAAGGGAUACCAGAUCAACUUCCUUUCUGAUAGCAACGGAAUUCUGGCUCAGUCCCAGCAAUUCGGAGUGACUGUACCAGGUGCUCUCUCUAGCUCUAGCUCUGGUAAGGAAACUAGCACUGUGCUUGAAACUUCGUCUGGCACAUACUUCCCAACCUCUUUCAAGCUCAUUUCUACCACACUCUACGACACCGUCUUCGAUCAAAACGCUUACCACUUCUUCGUCGCCAGCCUCUUUUUCAAAAUCUACACCUACAACUUCUACCAGUCCAUCCAUACCCACAUCUACACCUAG